AUGAGACGAAGACCUCAAAGUGCUAUUAUUCCAAUUAUAAACAAAGAUAAACAUGAAAUUAAUAUCAAUACGUAAACUUAUUUAUUAAUUAUAGUUCAUAAACUAUUUCAAAGUAAUAACAUUAAUCCUUUGUUGCACCAAAAGAACAUUUUGAAGAUUAAGAAUAAUUGUAUUACUCCAAUCUGUAAUUAAAAUAAACAACUAAUGAAUUACGAUAUUAAAAUUAAAAAUUGAAAGCUUAAGUUUCAUAAUUACAAGUUUAGUCUCAUCCUAAAUUAGUCACAUUUAUCUAAGAUUGAAAAAGUAGGUAUACCUAUUUCAUAGAAUGGAGAAUGUAGUAUUGUUCCUACAUUAAAAGAAAAAGUAAAACAAUAAAGAAAUUUAAUUGAAGAAUUAUAAACAGACAUGCAGUAUUAAUAGAAAUCUAUUAAAUUUACUAAAAUGUCAGAAUUACAAGCUGAAAUUAGUAAUUUGCAAAAUGAAAUAUAAAAAUUGAAAUUAAUCAUUAAAUCUCUUCUGAAAGUCUAGGAUCAAGAGUAUAUCAAUCAAAUUUAAAAAUAGAUUUAUUAAGGAUCCAAAUAUAAUAGAAAAACUAUCCAAAUUUUCAAUAUUAUUGAAUUAAUAAUAAAAUUACAUAUCUUAAUUAGCAACUGAGAAUGAAAAACUUAAAAAAGAAUAUCAAGAAGUUUCAAAUAAUAAUUCUUAAUUGAUGGAUUAAAUUAAAAUACUUACAUUUGAAAGAAUUAAUUAUAAAAAAUAAUUCAAUCAAUAAACUAAUACAGAAAAUGAUACAAAAAGAAGUGAUUAUUUAGAAAAGAGAUUAGUGUAUAAAUAAAUUUUUAAUAAUUAGAGCUACUUUAUAAUAAAUUGAUUCCUUAAAAGGUGAAUUAGUAUUAUAUCAAAAUAAAUAAAAAUUACUUAAUAAAUAAAUCAAAGAAUAAGAAAAAGAAUUAAAAUCAAAUAUAUUGGAAUUAUAAAAAUAAAAAUAGUAAUUAGAAGAACAAUCUUAAAAGAAAGAUUAAAUUAUGUAUAUAAUUAAUUUCUUAUUUUAGAUAAGAUUUAAAUGAUAGAAUAAAUAUAACUGAAUUGCUUAAAUAAAAAUCACCUUAAAGUGCAACUUCUGUUACGUAAUAUAUGAAAAAAUCAUUCUUUCCAAUUUUAAAUUAUUAAGAUCAAUUUACAUAAUUUCCUGAAAAAUAAGAUAAUAAUCUUUUAAUUUAUCCUAUUGAUGAAUUUAAAUUGUAAAUACUAUUAUAAUAAUUAAAAUACAAAAUCAUAUCUUUAAAAUUAACAAAGGAAAGAAUUUAGAUGUGUUUUAAUUAUAAAUAAUAUGUGUAAUUAGGAGAAGCAAUUGAAAUAUUUAUGAAAUCUCCUUUCAAUUUUUAAAAUUAAGAUUCCAUUAUAAUUUGCAGAUAUUUGAUUGGAGAAGACUAGGGUACCAGUUAAAAAAUGUAAUUAGAAGAUACUUAAGAGGUGAAGGAAAUAAUAAAAAAAUUUCAUACUCAUCCAAAAAUAUUGUCAGAAUAUGUAAUUAUUUAAAUAAAUAUUAUUAGUUAACUUUUAAAACAAUCAAUUACUAAAGCUAUUUUAUUAAAUUAAUAUAUUAUUAAAUAAAUAAAACUAUUAUUCCAAAAAAAAUAUAUAAUUCAUCUGAAUUUAUACUAUUAUUAAGUUAAAAAUACAAUUUUUCAUAUGAAUUAAUAGAAUACAUUUUAAUGAUGAAUUAUUUAUAUCUAAAUGAGAUUGAAAUCAUUGAUUGGAAUAAAAUGACAAAAAUUUUAGAAGAAGAAUAUUCAUUAUAUAGAGAUAAUCAUAAUUUAACAUAUUAUAGUAAUGAUUGUAUUAGAUAUAUACCAAAUAAUUAUUAAAAGAAAACUUAUUCUGAUGAUGAAGAUUUUAAUUAUUAAGUAAUAGAAAGUAGAAAUUCUAAAUCUAUUUCAUAAUAAUAAUAAAAUGAUGAAAUUAUUAUAAACAAAAAAACAGAAUUAUAAAGUAAAGUAUAAGAAAUAAUAUCAAAUGAAUAAAUAUUAACAUUAUCAUGUAAAAUAUAUAUUAAAUAAUUUUAGAAUUCAAAUAUAUUGAUUAACAAUUAAAGAGUUCUGAAUCAAGAAAACCAAAUAUUACAAGUGAUUAAUUUACAUAUAGUUAAUCUGAACAUCCAAAAGCAACUGUAAAAAAAUAAAUAGAAUCACAAUAAGUGAGUUCUGAAUACUCUUUGUAAUUUAACAUAACUAACUAAUAUUAAUCACCUUAAGUUUUUAAUACAAAGAUGAGUCCAAUUUCUGAAUUUGAGUCAGGCAAUAUUAAAAAUGUUUUAAGGAAUCUCAAAUAUAAUGAAACAGAUAUGUAAGAAAAUAAUGAAGAAUAUGUUGAGGAAUAUAUUGAAGAAUAUGUUGAAGAAUUAUGA